UAGUCCUUCGUGAGAGUCCGUCGUGAGCGAAAGCUGCUUGGGAAAAUCAGCCCCGCCGCCGCCGUAGGCAUCAGAAUCCGCGUUGGUUGGUUUGUGGUUUGCUGGUUUUUUUUUUGUCAGAGUGUUAGAAGGAACACACUUUGGUGACCAUUUUUCCCAAGGAAUAUGCUAAAUGGUGAUAAUUUAUUCGAACCAAAUGCAAAAAGGUGAAGCUCAAAUCGAAGAAUAAGAGUAAUUUAGUGCAGGCGGUGAAGGAAAAGCUAGAAAACGGUACAACAAAAGCAGAAAAGGCACACCGAGUGAAGGAAGAAGAAAAUUUUGGUCGAUUUUUCAACCCACCCCGGAGGAGUCAAAUUUACACACCAAGAGAGGACGGUGUGCAGUCAAAACGGAAAAGGAUUACAGUGGGGUUUGUUUUCGAGAAAGAAACGCAAAUUUCUAUAAACGGGCAGGGUCUGGUGAUGGAAAGUGCGCGAUUGGUCAAAGCGACUGGGCAGUGAGGGUUUCAGUGCGAUUGGAAAAUUCUAGCCUCGUCUUUCCCUGGCUGGGGCCACAAGGAGUCAAGGAUACAACAGCAAUACGAAGCAAUCCAACCGAGUGAGAACAGCAACUAGAAGAGACACCAUCCUGACGGCAUCGAUGAGUUCCGGUGGUGGUAGGUGAACGUAGUAGCUUUCGGAGGGGUUCAUUCGGAGGGCAAUAGCGCAGGACCUCGCGAGGCAAACGAAAAGGCAGCCAGCAGUCGGCCAAAUUUCCUUCGAUCGGUGCCAAAACGUCAUGACCGGAUGCGAGGUAAAGCGCGAGAUGGACCAUCAGUCGGCCCGCACCCGCACUACUCCCACAGCAGCCGACACUACUCUGAAGACUGUGUUGUAAGUGAUGCGAGCGGAGGCCCACUAUGCUCAUCUCGCCCGUCUCUGUUUCAGGAGUUACGAUGCACGGGCUGAGUCACCUGCCAGCCGGCUCAACCCUGGAGGCACUCACGCAGGCAACCCUUAUUCUCAUCUUAGCGGUCGCCAUCAUCGUAGCUAAUCUCAUUGUAGUAGCAACAUAUCUUAACUUUAAGGGACCUCACGAGGUCAUCAACUAUUACCUGCUAUCGCUGGGCGUUGCCGAUCUGCUAUGCGGUCUGCUCAUCGUUCCCCUGUACGUCUACCCGACGUUCUACGGCGCGUGGGUCUACGGAGACGUGCUAUGUCGGAUCGUCGGCUACCUGGAGGUGACCCUCUGGUCCAUCUCGGUCUACACCUUCAUGUGGAUCUCAGUCGAUCGUUACUUGGCAGUUAGGAAACCGCUGCGCUAUGAAACGAUCCAAACCAAAACCAGAUGCCAAUGCUGGAUGGCGUUCACGUGGAUUUCGGCCGCGAUGCUAUGCUGUCCACCGCUGCUUGGCUACAACGAAGCCUUCUACAACAAAGACACCCACAUCUGUAUGCUCGAGUGGGGCAACAUGGCCGCCUAUAGUGCAACGUUGGCAAUCCUGGUCCUGGGGCCGAGUGUAAUCUCGAUCGUCUACAACUAUGGCUAUAUAUUUACGAUGAUGCGUAAGGUGCGAUCGGGAGCACCGAUCCAUGAUAAGGAGUACGCCACGGCACUGGCCGAGAAUCUGGCCAAUCCGAGCCACUGUAUGUCAUUUGCAUUGGUGUUUUCCUUCUGGAUCUCGUGGGGUCCGUACAUCGGGCUGCGGAUCUACGAGCUGGUGAUGCAGGAAUCGUACGAUCAUCCGAUGAUCCAGUUCGGGGCCGUCUGGCUGGGGAUCCUCAACUCGUUCUGGAAGAUCAUCAUCAUGACCAGCAUGUCGCAGCAGUUCCGACUGUUGGUGCGGUUAUUGUUCCUGACGAUCUGCUGUAAAACCAAGGGCCGGCUACAAGCCGAACUUAUCGGGCUGGAUCCGGACGAUUAAGAAGCUGAGCGAAAACUAUGGGCAAUACGUCAUUCCGUCAUUCCAACAUCCCUCAGCAACGAGCUCAGUGUAGAACCAAGCACCGAACAUCUUCCGCUGGGAUUGAAGACGAAUAAAAAAUCCGAUAGAAUUACUAAUUAGAAGGCUAGAGCGUCGGCAGCAGAAGUUUCAAUUAAUAUUGUUGUAAUUUUAAUACAUAAAAAACCUGCAAAAACCCAGUACUUACUCUUAACUAUCUAAGGCUACUUUCGUAGGGUAAGCGAUUAGACGUGUAGAAUAUCUCUUAUCAUGAGGCGGCGCAUUUUAAACGCUGUAGUAAAUCUCAGAACAAUCAUUCUCCUUAGUGGACGACAACUCGGCAACGGAAAGAGAAGAACAAUAUCGUUAAUACAAAACUAGUAACAUAAAAAGCACAGCAAUUAGAAGGUUCAGUCAAAUGCGUAGUGUUGCCGCAAGCACUCCCAAAAGAGACGAAACAGCGUGUUCGGAAACGUAUAUUAUACAACUCACUUUCAGGGCUUAAACAACAGACACAUGACAAACAGAUGCUUAAACGAUAAUACAACAUUCAAUGAAGCAAAAAGGGGCAACAGUUGAUCGAUGCCUGUAUGUAACGACAAACUUCAACAACGUAGAGCUAUUUUCUAGAUUUUAAAAGAGUGAGAUUAUCAAACACAGAAAAACAAACAAUACCGAACAAAUUAG